GAGUAGCGGGGUAGAAAUCUUUCGUUCGUCCAUUCGUGUCGUCUCUUACAUUGCUCCACGUCAAUCUCGCAGACUGAUCGGUCUUCGCUCUGUCUUAUCAAUAGUCCUUUAGGUCCUCACAUUCCUCUAGCGAUUUCCUGUUAACUAUCGACCGUAGAAACCCAGACCACACAUCGAAGACAUCAUCGUGACGCGAGAGACGACCCGACCCGAGAAGCUCGACGCGGUCGAGAAUUCAGGCUAAGACGACAGAGAAGAAAGGUGGAGAGGAUCUGAGAGGUCUCGGGUCCGUUUGAGAAGCCCACUGGGGAGGAUCGAGAUCAUGCAGGGCCAGGGUGGCGGGUACGAGGGGUCGAGAUCCCGGGGUCGACCGAGUUCCUCUCAGCAAGGUCUCAGUCAGAGCCAAGCGCCAGGUCAAGGAUUCCUUCCAGAGAGACCUCUAAGACCCCUACCCCAUAUUGCCCACGACCCCAAUAGGGUCGGAACUCAGCUAUUACCACCGGCCUCCCAAACAACAUCCUUCAUACCACCACUACCUCAAAAUCCUACGGGACAGCCUUCAUAUCGCUCGCUUCCGCCUCCGCCUAUCCAAGUGGCUUCGCAUACUAUGCCCUCAACGAACGACAUGUACGGAGGUCCAGGGGCCAUAUUUCCACCAGGAACGAUGUCGACGGUCCCGUCCACCCUGUGGGGCAACGACGACGUUUGGACCGGUCAGAUGCACGUUCCGACCACCAACUUUCGAGGAUCCAUUCCGCAAGACUCGUCCGUGGGCGUUCCACUCUUAUCGCCACCGGUGAUGCCUUUACCGUCGUAUCAUCUCGCCUCGUUGCAGUCUCCUACAGAUACAGUCAUGCCCAUUGUCUCAAACGCCUUGCUGCCGGGUCAGACGCCAAGCUCGGCUCACAGCUCGAACGGAAUGUUUCGCCAUACGGUGGACUACGGCGACAGGCUGGAUGGCGCGCCAGCGUAUUUCUCGCCGAUCCAGCGGAUACCGGAAGCUGGGCCCAGUUCCGCUCGAACCUCGACGUCCAUGAUGAUGAACCGGUACGGGCAGCGGUUGAGUGAUGGUAGCUUGAACGAGACAGGUCAGGAACAGGGAGAAUUCGGCGAGACGGCAUCGAAUUGGCUGGAGGGCGAUGAUGGGCGCGAUGGCGAGGAGAUGCUGGUAGCGAAUGAUGACGAGCUAGAAGACGACGAAGAUGAUGGCGAGUUGGACGACAGACCGCGGAAGAAACAACGCAAUUCCUUGCGGCGAGGCACCGCUUGCGUCCGUUGCCGGUCGAAAAAGUUGAAGUGUACGGGUGAACGACCGGUAUGCUCCGUGUGCCAGUACAGCAGAAAACCGGUCGAAUGCGUGUAUCAACCGAUGGCGAAGCGGAAACUCAAGACCCAUCGGCUCCGGUCGAGGCUGCAGGAACUGGAGGACCAGAUUCGAGAAAAAGAGACGCAGCUCAACAAGCUCGAUGAUCCGGGUCCGGAUACGCCCAUGUCGUCCCGGUCCAAGCUCGAGACCAUAUCAGAGGAACCAGAGGCCACGGCUUUCAGGGCGGUUCUUCGAGAUGGGAAAAUCAGGCUGUCGGACCCGCUGGUAUCGAGGGAGUCCACCUUAGGCUCAGGAUUGAACACAGUAUCCAACGUCUCGAACAUGUUGCAGAUGCAGCCCCCUUCUUUGGGCUCCGGAGCAGUGCCGAGCGGCCUUGCGCUUGAUACCGGAGAAUCUGCCAAAUCCGAUUACGGUCGCGGCGUAGGUGAGACGUCGAGUCGGACCGAUAAUUGGCUUUCUGCUCCGCGGCCGGAAGGAUCAACGUUCCAACAAGCUGACCCAGGGAAUAUAGGCAGCAACCUGACCAUGAACCGCCUGUCCGCCAGUAAUCAGAUUCACGGCCAAGGUUUGAGUUUCGGCCCAGGAACUGUGACGGUGACGCCGAGUAGCCCGGUUGAGUACGCGUUGAUAUAUGCUGUCCUGCCGUACAGUUUGUACUUUGGCUUACGGGUGCAUCCGGCUCGCUUUCUGGACUCCAUACUACCCGUAUCUACACGGCGUCCUCAUCCCGCUUUACUCUACGCGCUCUUCACCGCUAGCAUCUACGUCCUCGUCAACAAGUUGCCACAUCCGCCGGAAGCGAUGUCGCUACCUUCGCGCUUUCCUAGACCGGAAGAUUCGAUAUAUCCCAUGCUGGUGGACCUCGAAAGCUCAUUCUACAGCCGAGCGAAAACGGAGCUGGACCUCGGUAUCCAGGCCGGCGAACAGAUGGAUGAAGUCACCAAGGCCAGUACGGGUCUUGCAAAGUACCUCUUGUUAACAGGAAGAGUACUCGAAGCUCUGAUGCUUCCGUUCAGUCGCCUAGCUGUAGCGUGCGGGCUUCACCGGAUUGAUCUUUCGCAGCCUGCCAAGGCGGGGCAGGCGACCGCUCAACCUCCUCCAGAGAAGUCGUCCGGAAGAGGGCCAACGAUGAUGCCUCCUCCCAACGCGACUUCUAUGGACCAGCCUCAGGUCACCGCAGCGGCCCAUGACCGUGCCAAACUCGUAGUAAUACCCCCUGCGCAGGACUCCGUAUCCCUCUGGGAGAGAAUAGAGACAUUCUGGGCCAUGAAAGAGCUGGAUUGGGGCAUGAGCUUGUUAUUUGGUUGGUCUUGUGGCUUGGCGGAUACGGAGAUCCAGACCGCCUGGCCAAAACGGUUCGAGGAUUUCGCUUUAGACGAGACCGGUCGCCACGAUCCUAAGGGGGUGUGGGAUCUCAUGAACUCAAAAACUCAAGCGACGCGGGAGUCAGUGGAUCCCCGCAUCCUGGCGUUACAGUCUCUCAGUUUAGUGAGCAGUGCAAACAGGUUGUUCGAUCUGCCUACACCUUUAUCGACGAUCAAGCAGUCUAAAGAACCGCAGCCGAGGCAUCCCUAUACGGCCGGCAGCUUGAAAAGGCUUCAAGGGCAAUUGGAAGCGUUCCGUGCAUGUCUGCCUGAUAUGAACAGGCUUCCGGAGACCAUCUCGUCAGACCCUUGGUGGGUCUUCACCCGGGCAAACGUUGCCGCAGCGGAUGUGCUGUUCUAUGCCGAGUCAGCCGUUCACGAAACGGCCAUGUACGAGUUCGCCGUGAUCGCAGCGAGGAGGAUGGUCGAACUCUUGCGCGGGAUCCCGUUAGACCUCUAUGCGCAUCUAAACUGCUUCGUCUUCGUCGAUGUGUCCCUCGUCGCUCGUUUUCUCUACCGCGAAGCCAGACGUCUGAGAGAGACGGGCACGAACGCCCAAACAUGGCAGGCCACCUUGUCGGACGCCGACUUGUUGCUGAACGCACUUGAAGACAAGGCGGGAAAGUGGCAUCCUUUUGGAUUGUAUCUGGCGGAAGACGUCCGGCGAGUCAAGCAGGGACAACGUGAGCGUCCGGAGUUGUAUGAGAGGGCUCUAUAGGUCAGGAGGGGCGAUGCGAGGCCAUUGAGAUGAUGAUUAACGAUAUGCAACAAGUCUGUUAGUGAUCCUUCCUGUUUUACGCCUCCUUUGCCAAGCAACGUUGAUGAUGGG